AUGGCUCGUGCCGACACUUCGAAGUUCCAGCUCUACCGGGACGAUGAGAUCACGGUGGACAGAGAUGGGAUUCCACACUAUACAGGGGUCAUGCCGCACCUCAUGAAGGAGUACAAGCAAAGAGUCCUUUUCGCCUUUGCUGGACUAGAAGGAGAUGGUGACACCGAGGAGAAAGAGCGUGCAGACCUUGAGAAGAAACAGAAGCGCUUUGCGAAGCGUCUCAUCGACGCCCUGCACGGUGAGGCUUGGACAGCUUGUCAAGAGCUGUUGAAGGAGCCUGAGACGUUGAGAACCCUGACCACAAUCGAGAAGGAGACCAUCAUCAGAAAGACAGAAGCGUUUGAGAGGUUCUUCGACCAGAGCUACCGCAAGAAGGGCCAGCCCAUCGACAGCUACUUGAGAGACAAGAAGCAGGCAUGGAGAGAGCUGCGUGACCUUGAUGAGAGCAGCAACAUGUCAGAGGAUCUUCUAGCGUACUUCCUACUUCGUGGAUGCAAUCUCAGCAGAGAUGACAGGCGUGCCAUUCUUUUGGUGAACAGAUCUUCAUACAAUGGUGCAGGAAUUGAGCAAGCCUUGAGGAUCUCAUUCCACGACCUGCACGAGAAGGAGCGUUUUCGAAGCUAUGAGGAUCGAUCACCAAAGAAGAAUGGCAGCGGCAAGGGCAAGAAGUCCUUUCAUGCGAAUGCAGCACAGGAGAGCUGGGAUGAAGAGUGGGAAGAGGAUGAAGGUGAAGAAUACGCAGAUGAAGCAUACGAGGAGACAGAAGAUCAGGCUUGGCAAGAUGAAGGAGAACAGAUUUCAGACAAAGGUGCUUCAGAGGAUGAUGAGAUUCAUGAGGCAUAUGCAGCAAUGGACAAGAUGCGGAAGUCCUACCGAGAUCAGAGGAAGAAACUCAAAGACACGCAGAAGAGCCGAGGGUUCUUUAGAGGAGAGUUCACGGUAGAGGAGAGAGCCAAAGCAAUCGAGCAGGAGAAGUCCCGCAGCAGAUGCGGUGCAUGCGGGCGACUCGGCCAUUGGGCCGGGGACAGCAUUUGUCCCAACAAGAGCAGCAAGCCCGCCAAGUCCAAGGGAAAGGGCAAGAAGGGGAAGAAGUCUGGCUCAGCUAAUGUGGUGUCAGACAAACCUUUCCCAUCCUUCUUCACUUUGACCCAAGGUGAUGUGGAGGAGUUUGCAGACAUGGUGAGGACCGAUGAUGAUGAUGAGUCCCGUAUGCCUGUAGAUGGCGGUGACGAUGGACUUCGCAGACGUGUGGCAGCGCCUCGACCUUCAACCACAGGCGCAACAACACCAUGGGAGGUCUCUAGCAUUGGAGGAGGCUACAACCACACAGAGGAGAUCGUGAUCGGCGAUGUCCCGUACCGCCGUGCUAGCAGCUGCCCCGGUGCUGAUGAGAUGGAUGCAUUCAGAGCUUCAGGAAUCAAAGUGCAUCCAGUGGCACUUGCAGCAGAGGAGAGAGUCACGCCAGAUCUCAACACCAAGCGAGUCCAGCAGUUGCAGGAGCUUUGCAUUGCCAACGAGAUUGCGUACUCAGGUUUGAACAAGGAGAGCCUGAAGGAACGUUUGAUCAAGUUUUAUGCAUGGCAGGCAGUGCCAAAGCGUGGAUCAGCAAAGGAUUUGGUCAGAAUGGCAUGUUUGGAAGAUGAGCCAGUGGAAUUGAAGCCUGUGCUGCCGAUUCCAAAAGCACAGGCGCCAGUGUUGCCGAAGUCAUCGGCGCGUGCACGUGCAGCCCCAGUCAUUGAACAGAUGAAGCAAGAGAGGCGGAUGAGAGAUUCGUGGUCCCCGCAGGAUCCUUCCAUGAUUGGUCCCAGUGGGCGCUACACCGAAGAUGACAUGUUCAUGAAGGGCAUCCCCAUCUACCACCUACGUUGUGAGCAGUGCCAAGCUCCGAUGGUAGGCAAAACCAAUCGGGCAGAAGAUGGAAAGUUCUAUGGGUGUACCAAUUUCUCACCCAAGGGUUGCAAGUUCACGAUCACAUACUCAGAGGGAAAGUUCAUGAGCAGUCCUUUGCGUCCGGAUCCGCUGGGUCCGGGCGGAACUAGAAGUGAGCAAGAGACGGCAGAGGGCGAGGUGCACACCUCGCACUGCAUGUUUUUGAAUUCAUUUGUGGUUGAUGAGCCAGAGUUUGUGCACAUGGCAAUGCCCAUAGACAUGGAAGAGUUUUGCAAUCAAAGCAGUGCCUCUGGAGAUGAAGUAGGGUUAGCCCUUAUCGAUACAGCUUGCACGGCAUGCAUGCACUCUAUGGGCUGGAGGUUAGUUUUUUCACGACGGCUGCCAGAUAUGGUCAAAUGUGAACCUUUGCAGCAAUUCAAGACCUUUCAUUUUGCCAACGGCUCUUCAACCGCAUCCCAGAUUCAAGUUUGGAAGAUUCCAAUAUGCUUGGGUGGUAGGCCAGGAGAGGUGCACUCAGCAGAAGUGCCAGAAGGCAACACUCCCCUCCUUUUGUCCAUUUCAGCCCUAGAUGCUUUGGAUGCAGUCGUUUUCAUGCGGAAGAAACUCAUGCGCCUACAGGAGCUAGGCGUAACACUCCCUUUGGUUAGCACCCGCACCAAGCAUCUAGCCAUAGACGUUUCCUUUGAGAAUUUAGAGCUCGACGUCACCAGCACUUUGUCGGGCCAGCCUAUGAUCAAGUCACAGGCUGAGGAUUUGAGCGUGUUUUGUGCAGAGGAGGCCAAUGAGAGCAUUUUGCAGGAGUUUGUUGCGUUUAAAGUGGUGGCGGCAGAGUUUUCAGAGGAGACCUAUAAACCCCAGGUUGGGUCCAGAGGAGUCACCACAAAAGACCGUAGGAAGUCUUUACAUGUAGCCAGGUUUGAGGCGUUGCAGCAGGCGGCAGUAAGCCAGCAAGUCAUGGAUGCCCAAAUGUGGGCGGCUUUGAGACACCAUUACACCAAAGCUGAGGAGUUAGCAACAGAUGGUUUCAGAUGCAGCAUGAUUUUUGAGCCAUGGGGAGGAACCUUCCCGGUCACACGGUUAGCUUCACUCAGCAGAGGUUGGGUCAACAGCCAGCCCACGGAUGUAAAGGAUGGAGUUGAUUUGCUCAGCGCAGAAGGCACUGAACUACUAUGGAGAACACUUGAUGAGCACGAUCCCCUUCUCACCUUGAUUGCAUUCGAUUGCCGACUUUGGUCAACACUCACCAACUUGAGCCAACACAUCGAUUGGCACCGCUUGCGUCAAACAGUUGGGAGAAAGACUUUGGAGUUAGUGAAGGCGAUCGCCAAACACCGGCAUGAGCGAGGCAGAUAUUACCUGCUCGAGAACCCAGCAGGAGCUUUGUCCUGGAUUUUCUCAGGCAUUUUGAUGAGCUUGUUGGAGGAGGCAGGUGGAAAGUUUGUAGAAGGAGAUCAAUGCAGGUUUGGUAAAACAGACUUACAUACAGGCAAACCUGUCAAGAAGAAGACAGGAUGGUUGGGAAACAACGAACACAUUCUCAACCGUUUAGCAAAACAGUGCAAUUGCCCACCAGGCAGUCAUGAGCAAGUCGUUGGAGCCAGCCGCUCCAAGGAAGCGGCAGUUUAUCCCAAGCAGCUUUGUGAGGAAAUCUUACUUGGCCUUGAGGACAGCAUGACCAGCGACUACGUGGCUUUUCAGCAGAAGAGACAGGAGGCAGCAUUUCCUGUUGAAGAAGAGAUGCCGGAGCUGGAUAGUGAUGAUGAGCUGCUGAAGGAGUUAGGAGAACCAGCCACGCCGAGAGAAAGCCAGCCAAUGCCAGCACCAGCAACACCCAGCAACAUUUUGAGGAGAAGGCCACGUGUUCAAGAGGUCAAGAAGGGAGCAUGGGAGAGAGUACAUGGUCCAGCAACUCUAGAACUUUUGAGGAGAAUCCUGACUUGGACAGUGGAGUCAGGAGCGGUAGACUGGGCAGUUUUAGAACAAGAGCAUGAGCUAACGCAGCAACUUAGAGAGCAGGAAACAGGGCAGACAGAAGUGCAACUGGUCCUUGUUUCAAGAUUGGCAAGGCGCAUGAAAAGACCACAACCACACGCAGGACCAAUGGAAGUUCCUCUCAGGAAAGCGCUGAUCUUGAUGGACAAUGACGAGGUCUUGAGCAGCGGUUGGGAGGAAUGGCACAAGCUAGCACCAACACAGCAGAACAGAACCUUGCCGACAAGGUCCAAGCAGGUGGUAGUGAUGCUCUUUGGGACAGACAAUGCAGCAGCAGCAGAAGAGUUGGAAGAGCCCAAAGAAGAAGAUGCCAGCAGCAGAUGGCAAAGAGUACCACGAGAGCUUCGCCUAGCCAUACGACGUGUGCAUGUCAAUCUGGGUCAUGCGCGACUUCCAGAUAUGUUGCGCGCCUUGCGCAUCAGCAGAGCCAGCGAAGCAGCCAUCCGUGCUUGUAGGUUGUUUCGUUGCCCAGAAUGUCCAAGACUAGCAGAACCAAAACUUCCAAGGCCAUCAAAGCUGCCUACGGUGGACGAGUUUGGCGUCAUUGUGAAAGACUCAGAUCAAGUUUCUUGGAGUUUGCUGAACAUUUUGGACUUGUGCACGACUUACCAAGUCAUGGUUCUUUUGGAUCAAGCAGUGCGCAACCCGACAUCAGCAGAGAUUGCGGAAGCCUUCACUCAAGGUUGGUCCACUUGGGCCGGUUUGCCAGAGAGAGGAGUCGUGCUGGAUCAAGCACGAUAUUUCAUGAAUGAGUUUGCAAGAAACCUUGAGGAACAGGGAUGUGAAGUCUCUUUAGCAGCAAAGGCAUCACCUUGGCACAUUGCCGCGGUGGAGCGACAUGGAGGCACAUGGAAAACCAUUUGGCGAAAGCUCGUUUGGAGCCAACAAGUUGCAGGAAAGUCAGAAGUCCUGCAAGCAGUAGCACAGGUCAGCAAGGCAAGGAACAGUUUAGCAAGACGUUCAGGUUUCAGCCCAGAGCAGUGGGUCCUUGGAAGAUCCAUACGUCUUCCUGGAGAUCUUUUGGAUGAUGGAGAAGUUGCAAGAAUAGGUGCACAAGCGGCAGCAUUGACACCUACCACAAGGUUCCACAGGCAGGUACAACUGAGGACAGCAGCAAGAGAGGCUUGCAUUCGUGCCCACCGUGGCAUCUUGGUGGCUGCAUCGCCGGAACAUCUCAGUCUGGCAGAUGAUUUGGAAGUGCGUGGUUGGAUGGUGACUUCCAGAGAAACAGAGCUUUUGGAUGCGACACCAGCAGUCACAUCCAACACCUUUUUGCACAUCAGGCGGAAAGACAUCCCGCCACCAGAAGGUUUUGAGGAGUUGGAAGAUGAGGAGAAAGACCAAGAUGAGAGAGAGAGGCGCCCAGCAGAGACACGACAGGAGCCACUUGAAGAUGGGGUUCCAAGAGAUGAAGUGGAGGUGCCAGAAGCAGAGGAGUCCGAUGGAUACGAGCCAUCCAUUGCACCAGGUCAGCCAGAACAACACCAGAUUGAGAGCAUGGCAGAGGGGUCAGAAAGAGCAGAGAGCCCGCAGUCAAGAAAGAGAAGAGAGGAGUUUGAAGAAGGCAUGAGACGUUCAGAAAACUUGCGUAGGAGAACGCUGAAGUCAAGCAAGUUCUUUAAGGCAAAAGAGGAUGAGCGGAAGCUGAAGAAGACUUUGUCCUUGAAGUCACUUACUAUGACAGAGAGUGUGAGGACAUCAGAGAAUGCAGAGUUACCACACCUUGAGGAUGAUGAAGAGUUGCCGCCAAUCCCAAUGCAGCAGUACGAUCCUGACUUGGAUUCGUAUACCAACAAGCCGUGCCAACCGCAGGGCCACCGCCAAUAG